AUGUCUCCUCCGAUUACAUCUUCUCCGCUCGCUUCUUCUCCUUCUUCUUCUCCGGAAGCUCGUCUUCCUCGAGCACCAGCAGCCACUCUACCGUUGUCUCGGGUAUGGAGAGAGAUACAAGGAAGCAAUAACUGGGAAAAUCUCAUUGACCCUUUAAGCCCUAUGCUACAACAAGAGAUCACUCGAUACGGGAACUUACUCUCCGCUUCUUACAAAGGGUUUGAUCUAAACCCUAACUCCAAACGUUUCUUGAAUUGCAAGUAUAGCAAAAAGAGCUUGCUUAAAGAAUCUGGAGUCCAUGAUCUUGAUGGCUACCAAGUCACCAAGUAUAUCUACGCCACACCAGACGUCAACAUCAAUCCUAUCCAGAAAGAGCCUAACCGCGCUCGUUGGAUCGGGUAUAUAGCAGUUUCUUCCGAUGAUUCGGUGAAACGUUUGGGGAGAAGGGAUAUUGUGGUGACGUUUCGUGGCACUGUGACCAACCCUGAGUGGUUGGCUAACCUAAUGAGCUCUUUGACUCCGGCUAGGCUUGAUCCUCAUAACCCUCGUCCCGAUGUCAAGGUUGAAUCUGGAUUCUUGAGUUUAUACACAUCCGGUGAGAGCGGUAGCAAAUUUGGGCUAGAAAGCUGCCGCGAGCAGCUUCUCUCUGAGAUCUCGAGGCUUGUAAACAAGCACAAAGGCGAGGAAAUGAGCAUAACACUUGCGGGACAUAGUAUGGGGAGCUCUCUAGCUCACCUUCUAGCUUACGACAUAGCAGAACUCGGUAUGAACAAAAGAAGAGGCGAACAAUCUGUUCCAUUGACCGUGUUUUCCUUUGCGGGUCCUAGGGUUGGUAACUUGGGGUUCAAGAAACGGUGUGAGGAGCUAGGAGUUAAGGUCUUGAGGAUCACGAAUGUAAACGACCCGAUCACAAAACUCCCUGGUUUCUUGUUCAACGAGAAUUUCAGGGCUUUAGGUGGUGUUUACGAGCUUCCUUGGAGCUGUUCUUGCUACACUCAUGUGGGAGUCGAACUCACGCUCGAUUUCUUCGACGUUCAAAACAUUCAUUGUGUCCAUGACCUCGACACUUACAUCAAUUUAGUAAAUCGUCCGAGAUGUUCGAAAUCGGCGGGUACAGAAGACAAUUUUGGCGGCAAGUUUUUGAACAGAACAAGUGAGAUUAUGUUCGGUAAGGGACAACGUCGAGCGUUGCGGUUAAAAAACGCAGCGAUCAGAGCGGCAUAUCUACUUGGUUCUGUAUCCAAUCAUAUGUUGUAUUAUAAUAUCAUUUAG